ACACAAUACAGAUCUUUAACGAGCCGUCAUACUCCUCACAUAAAAACUGUCUUCGGCACAGUGCCAUAGUAUACUUGGCUACCGCGUCAUCAGCAUCCUUGAAGAGCUCCUUUGUGCUGAGCUGAGCUCUGCCGAAACCAUAUUUACGAACCCCUUUAUCCUCUUCAGCUUUUGCCAUCCUCCACCCAUCAUUAUCUUGACCCUCUAGAUCCAUCUACCGCUCACGCCUUCCUCCCAUCGCUAAUCCAAAACCCGCGUCUAUAUCGCCAAAUACCUUACACUCUUUCCCCUGAAAUCCAUCUAGUUGGUUAAGCCCUCGCGCUUCCAGAGCUGGGCGGAAUUUAGGAUGCUCCCCGCAGUCAUGCACUUUUCCACUUCCUUAGCCCCAAUAGUUGGGACCCUUUCACUGCUUCAAAUCACAUCCGCCUUCUACCUUCCGGGAGUUGCCCCAACAGACUACAAUUCCGGUGAUAAGGUCGCUCUGCACGUAAAUAGCCUUACGCCAGCAUUUGUAUCAGGAGGGCGACCGUUGAGUUCGAUUGUUUCAUUCGACUAUUACCACACGGCUUUCAAUUUCUGCCGUCCCAAGGACGGACCUAAGAAGGUGUCCGAGUCCCUGGGAUCCAUUCUGUUUGGGGACCGUAUCCUUGACUCGCCCUUUGACCUCUAUAUGACCAAAAAUGAGACCUGCAAGAACCUCUGUGGUGUAAAGAAGUACGAAGAGAUGAAGUCAAAGUUUGUCAACCGGCGGAUCAGGCAGAAUUACAAUAUCAAUUGGUUAGUGGAUGGGCUUCCGGCAGCAACAUUAGACGAUGAUGGAGGGGAUGAGGGUGAAGAAUACUAUUCCCAAGGAUUUCCUCUCGGAGCAGUUGCCCAGGAAGGAAGUGAGCAGGAACCAGUUCCCCACCUCAACAACCAUUACAACAUAUUGAUCGACUACCACGAGAUCCCGGGUCGUAAAAACAACCAGUUCCGUGUAGUUGGAGUGGUUGUUAAACCGGAAUCCCGUUCAUCAAGGGUGGUGGAUGAAGAGGGAAAUGCCAACUGCGACGACGAGACAGCUGUCACUCUUAAUGAAAACGGCCAAACAGAUGUUCUUUUCACCUACUCAGUCUUCUGGAUACCCUCAAGUACUGUCUGGGCAACGAGAUGGGAUAAAUACCUGCGUGUAGUUGAGCCACGGAUUCAUUGGUUUUCUCUUGUUAAUUCGGCGAUUAUCGUUGUAUUCCUGACUGGGAUGGUCGCAAUGGUGCUUUUGCGGGCGCUCCGCAAGGAUAUCGCCCGCUAUAAUCAAUUGGAUCUUAACGAGGAUGUCCAGGACGACUCUGGCUGGAAGCUAGUACACGGCGACGUUUUCCGCUCCCCUACCAAUCCCAUGCUACUUUCAGUCUUCUUGGGGUCAGGGACACAGCUUUUUUUCAUGACGGGUGCUACUAUCGUCUUUGCUCUCCUCGGCUUCCUGUCACCUUCCAACCGUGGGUCCCUGGGGACAGUUAUGAUACUUUUGUAUACUCUGUUCGGAUUCAUUGGCGGAUAUGUUUCCGCAAGAAGCUACAAGUCCUUCGGAGGAGAGGCAUGGAAGCGAAAUAUCAUAUUGACCCCACUCUUUGUUCCCGGAAUUGUUUUUGGGGGGUUUUUCCUUCUUAACUUUUUCCUCAUAUACGAGCACUCGUCAGGAGCGGUUCCGCUCACCACAAUGUUGGCCCUUGUUGGGAUCUGGUUUGUUAUUAGUGUGCCAUUGAGCUUUGGGGGUAGUUGGCUAGGAUUUAAAUCCCCUCCAUUCCCCUCGCCUGUGCGCACAAAUCAGAUUCCUCGCCAAAUCCCCGAUCAAGUAAUGUAUCUAAAGCCGGUACCAAGCAUGCUCCUUGUUGGUAUCUUGCCAUUCGGUGCGAUCUUUGUCGAGCUCUACUUUAUCAUGAACUCGAUCUGGUUCCACAAGGUCUACUACAUGUUUGGGUUCUUAUUUGUUUGCUAUGGUAUCAUGAUUAUGACCUGCUCUACCGUUACGGUUUUGAUGAUUUAUUUCCUUCUCUGCUCAGAAAACUAUCAUUGGCAAUGGCGAUCCUUCUUCACUGCUGGAGCAAGUGCUAUUUACGUCUUCCUCAACGCUAUCAUUUACUGGGUCUCUAAACUCAGUCUUGGAGGCCUUACCAGCAAUGUGCUCUAUUUAGGUUACAGCGCUCUCAUUGGUUUCUUGUUCUUUGUUUUGACAGGUACCAUUGGGUUUUUCUCUUGUUGGCUGUUUGUUAGGAAGAUCUACGGUAGUAUUAAAAUUGAGUAA